AUGUCUUCAAAGAACAAUAAAGGUGCAGCUCCGAAGAAGAUCCACAAGAAGAAGAAGGAGAGCUACUCUACAUAUAUUUACAAGGUAUUGAAGCAAGUUCACCCAGAAACUGGAAUCAGUAAGAAGUCUAUGAUGAUUAUGAACAGUUAUAUCUCUGAUACUUUUGAGAAGAUCGCUCAGCAAGCUGCUCAGCUUUGCCAAACCACCAAAAAAGACACCAUCGCAUCCAGAGAAAUCCAAACUGCCGUUAGACUUGUUUUACCAGGUGAACUUGCUAAGCAUGCAGUUUCUGAGGGUACAAAGGCUGUUACCAAGUUUACUGGUGGACAAAAGUAA